ACCAUUCACUCAGAGAGAAUCCCAUAAAAACAACAACAGUACCAUCAUCAUCAUCAAGAACAACACAAAACAUCAAAAACAGAUGAACCCAACCAUCUUCCUUCUCUCACUAUUUCAUUUCUCCCACUAACAAUCUCUCUCUCUCUCUCUCUCUUUUUCUCUCCCUCUCCCUCUCCACUCUCUCUCAGUUUAUUGUCAUAGCAAUAAGUUGUAACCACCAACCCUAAAGUGUUGACGAGACAGCAACAGCAACAGCACCAUGUCCAUGGAAGAGUCUCUAAGAUCUCUAUCCCUGGAUUACCUGAACCUACUCAUCAACGGUCAAGCCUUCAGCGACGUCACUUUCAGCGUGGAGGGUAGGUUGGUCCACGCGCACAGGUGCAUCCUGGCGGCCCGAAGCCUCUUCUUUAGGAAAUUCUUCUGCGGGCCUGACCCGCCGCCAUCAGGGCUCGACCCAGCUGGGCCUCGGGUCAACAACAACAACAACAACAACAACAGGUCAGGGGUUAUACAAGUGAACUCGGUGGGCUAUGAGGUGUUCUUGUUGAUGCUGCAGUUUCUCUACAGUGGUCAAGUCUCUAUUGUUCCUCAGAAGCACGAACCAAGGCCUAAUUGUGGUGAACGAGGUUGCUGGCACACGCAUUGCACCUCAGCCGUUGAUCUUGCCCUUGAUACCCUCGCUGCCGCUAGAUAUUUUGCUGUUGAACAGCUCGCAUUGCUCACUCAGAAACAACUAGCGAGCAUGGUAGAGAAAGCCUCAAUUGAAGAUGUAAUGAAAGUGCUAGUAGCAUCAAGAAAGCAAGACAUGCAACAACUAUGGACCACUUGUUCCCACCUUGUAGCCAAGUCUGGUCUACCCCCUGAGGUUCUAGCCAAGCACCUUCCCAUUGACAUUGUCGCUAAGAUUGAAGAGCUUCGUCUCAAAUCCUCAUUCUCACGCCGUUCCUUAAUGCCACACCACGCUCACCACCACCAUCAUCAACAACACCACCAUCAUCAACAUCAACAUCACCCUCACCACCAUGUUGAUCUCGGCGACCUCGAGGACCAGAAAAUCCGGCGAAUGAGGAGGGCCUUAGACUCAUCCGAUGUGGAACUAGUGAAGCUCAUGGUAAUGGGUGAAGGACUAAACCUCGAUGAAGCAUUAGCCUUACCCUAUGCCGUUGAGAAUUGCAGCAGAGAAGUUGUAAAAGCCUUGCUUGAACUCGGUGCAGCUGAUGUUAACUACCCAGCCGGACCCGCCGGUAAAACGCCGCUACACAUAGCGGCGGAAAUGGUGUCGCCGGACAUGGUGGCGGUGCUGCUCGACCACCAUGCCGACCCGAAUGUACGAACCAUAGAUGGUGUGACACCAUUGGACAUACUAAGAACCCUAACCUCUGAUUUCCUCUUCAAAGGUGCUGUCCCUGGAUUAACUCACAUCGAACCAAACAAGCUUAGGUUGUGCUUGGAGCUUGUUCAAUCUGCGGCACUCGUGCUUUCAAGAGAAGAAGGAAAUGCAAACAACAACAACAACACUCCUUCUUCUACAACAACAGCUAUAUACCCUCCCAUGAACGAAGACCAUAAUAACAGGUUGGUGUAUCUCAACCUUGGUGCGACUCAAAUGAGUUCUAGGUUGGACGGUGGUGAUGAUGAUAGCAGCCACAGGGAAGCCAUGAACCCAACAACCAUGUUUCAUCACUCUCAUGACUUCUAAUUCUAGCUAGCUGUAAGAGUAGCUACAAAGCUUGCUAGCUACCUCUAAAAUUUCAAUAUAAAUUACUGAUCAUAUAUAUAUAUAUUUUAUAGUUAUUUCAAUUGCCAUGGAUGAUGGAAAAUGAAAAAAAUUU